GGUGCGAGGAAUUUUUUUGGUGAAUCUUUUGUUUUAUCGUCUAAAGUUUAUUAACCUGCAGUGGUUCACUUACUAACUUACCCUUUUACUAAGUGGUUUAUAUACUCUUCUCAAGUAUUCUAGAAUCUUUUAAAGCGUUUUAAAAUGCUGCGUGUUUUUCAUCGUGCCACUCGUAUGGUAACUCCAGCUGCCCGUAAUUUAAGCAGCGUGGCUGAAAAUAAUAAGUUGGUACUUAUGGAGGUGGAUGAUAAAACGGGAUAUGCUACCGUUACGUUAAACAGGCCACCCGUUAACAGCUUGAGCCUGGAAUUGUUGAAAGCUAUCUCGCAAACGUUGGACGAUCUGCAAAAUAAUAAGUCUCGUGGAAUGAUUCUGACUUCGUCAUCAAAUACAGUGUUUAGCGCUGGAUUGGACAUCAUGGAAAUGUACAAACCUAACCAGGAUCGACUGCGGGACUUUUGGUCAACACUGCAAGAUGUUUGGUUUAAGUUGUACGGAUCACCCUUUCCUACAGCAGCUGCCAUUAAUGGCCAUGCACCAGCAGGUGGAUGCUUAUUAUCUCUUUGCUGCGAAUAUCGUGUCAUGUGUCCUAACUACACGAUUGGGUUGAACGAAACCCAACUAGGUAUUGUGGCACCAACCUGGUUCCAGGCAUCUCUUCGCAAUACUAUCUCUCGCCGGGAGUCCGAGAUGGCUCUUACUUUGGGCAAAAUGUAUACAACGGACGAGGCACUGAAAGUUGGUAUGAUCGAUGAAAUUGCCGAAAGCAAAGAAAAGGCAUUGGAGCAGGCCACAAACUUUUUGAAUCGGUUCCGCAAGAUUUCUCCAAUGGCACGAGCGAUGACGAAACAAGCUUUGCGCAGUAAAGAUAUAGUUGAACUGGAAGAUAAUCGCUCCCAGGAUAUCGAUCUGUUUGUCUAUGCCGUUAACCAACCUGCUGUUCAAAAGGGAUUAGAAGUUUACCUCGAAAGUUUAAAGAAAAAGGCUAAAUAAUGAGUGGUACGUGCCUGAGCAUAGAGUAGCAACAUCCGCUUAGCAUUUGUUAUGCAUUUUUUUGUAUCGAAAGUGGAUAAAAUAUACAUUUUUUCUUCUACCUU